GAAGAUGCUAUUUAUGCGGCACCUCUCUGAUUAUCGACCGAAGUCCGAAAAGAAACCAAUGCUUACUUUUUGUUGGAUCCUGCUUUUGUUGGUCAGCGAAGCUGAGUUCAGCCUGUUGGGAUGUCUUCACAAAGAAUUUGAAAAGCAUUACCGUGCAAUUAAUAAUAAGGAAAUGGUCUUACAAUGCCCUCUACCAUCUCAAAGCUACACCCACGUUUUCAACAACUCGCUUACAUAUAAAAAGAAAGUUGUAUGGUUCCGGCAACAAAAAGAAGGAGAACUGCUGGAGGUUAUUGGAAAGGAAAGCACUAAUCCCACUCAAGAAGGGAAUGCACUUUGGUUCAAACCAAUACGAAAUAAUGACUCGGGAAUAUAUAUUUGUAAGAUAAGGGAAGAAGCCUCAUGUUUCAAAAUUAUCAUAGAGGUUCAAGCAAAGAGUCAGGCAAGGUGUUUGGACUAUGAGACAAAUACACUGUCUCUCAUCGCUGGAAAGGGGGAUUCAAUUUCUUGUCCUGGGCUAAAAUGUUAUGGUCAUUUAAACAGAUCACAGGUGACAUGGUACAAGAAUGGAACAUUACUAACAGAGAAGACAUUUAGACAAAGUCUAAAACUUAAGGGUGAUAAAAUCAACUUGCUUACCAUCUAUGACAAAGAUGCUGGUGUGUAUGUAUGUGAUUACAUGUUAUUUGUCAAUAAUACCAGAUGGACAAUGAGAACAGUAGUUAAAGUGAAUGUCAUUGCACCAAAUACCAUCUAUGCACCAAAAAUGUUGUCUCCCAAGGGUGUGAAGAUCCUUGAAGCAGAACUUGGAAAACCAAUUGAAAUGCAAUGCAAAGUCCAAUUUGGCUAUGAAAGAGACGUCAUACCCAUGAUAACAUGGAGCAGACACAGCCAAGAAGGAAAAAGUGAGGAACUUGAACAGAAGCAAAUAAGGGAUGAGAAAAAUGAAUUAGUGGGAGAAACAGUUAUUCAUAUAGCCAGUCUGAGGGAAGUAACUGAAAGGGACCUCAACAGCAACUUCACAUGCAUUGCUCAGAAUUCUGUGGGAAAGUCUACAGGAGUGAUCAAGCUAAAAAGAAAGGAAAGAGUGCAUUUCUUAUACAUCUUAUCUGGUCUGAUUUCAAUGUUACUUGGACUCCUUGUGAGCAGUGCUUUUAUUUAUCAGCAUUGGAUUGAAAUAGUGCUGAUGUACCGAAAUUACCUGGUCAAGGAUGAAACUAUAGGAGAUCACAAAGAGUUUGAUGCUUUUGUGUCCCAUGCGAAAAUGGGCUCCUUUGAAAGUGAUUCCAGUUUUGUCAAUGAGGAACAAUUUGCCCUGGAUGUUCUUCCAGAGGUGUUAGAGAAGAAACAUGGAUACAAACUGUGUCUCCUUGAAAGGGAUAUUCUUCCAGGAGGAGCUUAUACUGAUGAUGUUGUAACUGCUAUUAAACAAAGCAGACGAACUAUAAUUAUUUUGAGCCCCAGCUAUGUCAAUGGACCAAGCAUUUUUGAACUGCAGGCAGCAGUGAACUGUGCUUUAGAAGAUAGCACAAUAAAACUGGUUUUAAUUAAGUUCCAGGCUUUCCAAGAGCCAGAUUAUUUACCUCCAGUAGUGAAGAAAGCUCUUCGGAUUUUACCAGUGAUUACCUGGAAGUCUUCUAACUGGACUACUCCAAACAAAAAAUUCUGGAAAAAUAUACAAUAUUAUAUGCCGGUGAAGAAUACUGAAGGGUUGGGGAAAAAACAGACUAAAGGUUUCCUCCAAAGGUUAUUUAGCAUGGAUUAUUAAUAGCAUAAAUACCACUGAAGUAAGCCAGCAGACUUAGAAGAACUUCUUAUAUCAUCAGACCACUACUAUAAGAUGUGGCUGUCAUCUGACUCAUUGAUAAAUCACUACAAAAUAAAGUGAAAAGAACUCUUAUGAUGAGACAUGCAAAAAGCUAUUACUGAAAAUGUAUGGAACUUAGCACAGCUGUGAUAUGGACUUGUCUUUAAUGUGUAUAUAUAUAUUCAGAUAUAUAAUAUUUAUUUGUUUUAAGCUCAUGUCCAGAAAUCCUACAGUGGGUGAGCUCCCACCAUUUUGUUAAAUGCUGUACAAACAUGAGGUAAAAGAGUAUGCUAGAGGAGCUAACACUCCAUGAUGUCCUCAGAAAGCCAGAUCUUCAUUUAGAGGUAAUUUGCACUGACUUUUGGGCUUUCUUAUGUGGAAGAAGCUAAAACUGUAAAUCCGUAGAGAUGUGAUCUCUUGAAGUACUUAGCAUUUGCCUAGCUCUGCUGUAUUAAAAGUCAAUGGCCAAACUCCUGUUGACUUCAUUGGAGUAAUGCUGAGCAUAUUUGAAAGGUUUAACAUUUCCUGAAUAGACUGGGUAACACCUGGACUUGAAAACAAGCUUACUGAAGCUUAGUUUAGGUAAAGGGAGAGAAAACUUGUAGGUUGGGGGAAGCAGCUAGAAAAUAUUCUAGGAAAUCCUCAGCAUUUAGGAAUAAGCUUCUCCCAUUCUACAGAUGGGGAGAAUCCCAGUCUCUGAUCCACAUAUAACUUUGUUGAAAACUCAGUAAGGAGAUUCUCCUGGAGUCUUCCUCUCCAUAGAAUCGCCCAUGGGUGGAUCUAGGAUUUUGAAAAGGGAGUCACACACGGGGCACGUCCAGAUCAGCGAACAUAUGCAGUAUGCAGCACCGCAGACCCAUCUGCAGUGCCACACAUCACACGUGCAGGCAUCCCCCCAAUGCUGAUUUGCAGUGGGGGUGGAGGAUGCAACCUUGGUGUCAAAUAAACCCGUGCUAGAAAAAAAGCAGGGUGGUGCCUCUGGUAGCAGUAUGUGCCACCUGAAAUCAGAGCCUGGCUGGCCAGAGCCACACUCUGGUUGCUGGCCAGGCUCUCUGCUGCUGGAUUGCCACUGCUGGAGCCCCAGGAGGUCCCCAGGGCCUGGGUAAUACUGGUGGGGCCAGCCCAGGUGCCCCCUACCUCACCCAGGGCAACUUGCUGUGUGCCAGAGUAUGCAUGCACAGGCAUUCUCCAGGAACAAGUAGAAGCGGCACAAUUAUGUGCCGCUGCUAUUUGUCCCUCGGGAAACACACAUGUGCGCAUUUCUGGAUGUACUCAUAGAUUUUUUUAUAGCACCAACUGGGUCUAAUUAGAUAGAAAUAUGGAAUUGGGUAUUAACAUCUUACUGAAAAUACUGGAGUUUGUACCACCUCACUGACAUUUCCCUUUAUAUGCUGAACAAGACCAGAGACCAGCUGGAAUGCUAUUUUAUGGUAUCUGAACCCAGGCAGCCCGAUCAUUCUUUGUGAGGGAAAGAAAAUUCUAACAAGUGUAAAAUAUUUUACUCAUGCGGACACAUACAUAUUAUAUUGACUUGAUUCCCCUGUCCAUCAGUCCCCUGAACUUGAUAGGUACUAUUGGUGGGCAGCAGCCAAUAUACGGUCAAUCAGUUGUAUAGUGCCAAUAAGGCCAUAUACAAAAGACCAUAUUGUUACAGUCUGGAGACUUAUCUUAUUUCUGACCAUUCCUGGCUUCCUCAAGCACAAGAAUUUUCAGUCAUAGAUUUCAAACAGAUGCUCCUUUGGGAUAUAAUCACAUGAUUCCCUACUCUCAGGUUAUGUCUACAUGAGACACUGGCCAAAUAAUACUGCACAGUAAUGUGUCACAGCACUAACAGUGCUAAUAUGCUACUGCAUAGUAUUAUUAGGCUAGUGUGCAGUAGCAUCAUUUAAAAGGUGUUUGCUGGCACUACUGCACAAUAACUCUGGUUAUUGCACAUUGAUUAUACAAGUACCAAAUAACUGCUCAGUAAUCACUGUGUAGUAAUGUCUUGUGUAGAUGCAUCCUUAGACAGGACCUUAGUCUGUUGUCCCAGGUUACCGUAAUUACCUCAGCUGGCCUGUGUUAUCUUCAGCACUGAAGUUCUGUUCUGUCCAAGAGCUGUGACUGAUGGUACCCACAGACCAAGCUAAAAGCUUUGCAAAAGCAAAAAUUGUUUAUUCAAAACCAAAGCAUUUAAGAGAAAACAUAUUAAAACAAAUAGUCUAUACAUGUGCCUAACCUCCUCUAACACUUACUUACUAUUCCCUGCAAGCUGGGGAGCAUCCCAAAUACCUCAGAUACACCUGUGAGGCCUGUUCCCUAUUCCAUGUCAAUCUGUUCCACCAAUACACAGCUUAGGCACAACUCAUCCCUUACUUUUUCUCCAGAGAGUCACUUCAAGCAUUUAGUAUCCCUUUGCUCUCUAGUCUCCUAGUUUUGGCCAAAUAGCUGUGCAACUAGGCUGGAGGCUGCACAUCUUCACAGGUAAUAGCUUGACAAUUCUCUUGUAAUAGCCUUCAAAUGUUUACCAAGAGCAGUUCUCUCUAGACCUAUUGUGUUGCCUUUCCCCAAAUAAGAUAUACUGAAAAAUACCUAAUUUCAUUGGAAUGCCUAAUAAUCCAAUAAAAGUAUGCAAUAAUUCUACCUAACUAAUCAAUCAAUUACAUACUGUCGCAGGGCACCUCGGUACCCCUGCUCCUAGAGUGGAGAAACUGCCAGGGAGCGAGUGAGCGCGCCCUGGCCUGACAUGACGAGCCCAGCUGAGGCUGGCUCAGGCAACGAGUGCAGCUGCGGGUUGCCGGAGCAACCAAGGGGAACCAGCUGCCUGUAGGGGGCAGGGCCUGGCCCUUAUAAAGCUCAGGGCUGAGGCCAGGCUGGCAGUUCUCUGCCAGCAGCCAGAGAGGCAGGAGCUCCCUCAGCUGAGAUAUGGAAAGGAGCAUGACUCGCAAGUACAGCUCGUGAUAGCCCUGAGAGGAUGGGGCACUAUGGUUUAGCCAGGGAGCUUUAGGUUUGUGUUAUAGCCAGGAGGCUCUAGUUUACGUUUGGCUCUGUAUAUUACACCCGGAGGCUUGGGCGAGGCUGUAGGUGUUGGAGGAGGCCUCAAUUACUCGCACGCCAGUGCGUGAGCAGCUGGCAGCGAGGAGCGCGGCCAGUGGGUCACGGGCGCAACCCGAAGGUUGCGGACGGGGACUGAGACCCCAGAUUGUGUGUGGGGGGGAACAUAGCCCCCUGUAUAGUGCCAGGGAAGGUGCAGCUCGCACGCCACUGCGCGAGCAGCUGGUGGCGAGGAGCGCGGCCAGUGGGUCACGGGCGCAACCCGUAGGUUGCGGACGGGGACCGAGAUCCUGGAUUGCGUGUGGGGGAACAUAGCCCCCGGCCCCAGGAAAGGGGCGGUAUUACUGAGUAGCCCAGUGCGGGCACGGCGAGCCCCAGAGAGGGGGAACGCCCUUGUACAGUAUUGAGUAGCCCAGUGUGGGCGUGGCGAGCCCCGGAGAGGGGGAACGCCAUUGUGUAUUAUCGAGUAGCCCAGUGUGGGCGCGGCGAGCCCCAGAGAGGGGGAACGCCAUUGUGUAUUAUCGAGUAGCCUAGUGUGGGCGCACGGGCAUAGCGAGCCCAGCCACAGGCUAGUGCGGCAAUACCCCUCAGACCAAGGCAGGGCGCUGCGGUUGCCCCUGAGAAGACAGGGAGUAGCAGCACAGUGAGCCAGAGUCAGGGAGGGUGUCCGUGCGGUUGGCCCAUAGGACCGGAGGCCCGCUAGAGAGUCCCGGAGCUGAACCACACCGGCAGGGGAGGCCCAGAGUGGGCUAGACGAGAGUCCCAGCAAGAGGCUGGGCAUGAGAGAGGAGGCCCGGGAAGCGGGCGUAUAGACUGAAUAACGUCCAUUACAUCUGAGAGGCUUGGGGCGUGGUAUCAGGGGAGGUAGGAGCCAUGCAUAGCCCAUAAGGCUAGGGCGCUUGGGUAGCGCCCAUUGUACGGGGAGACCCAUGAGGGGUCCAGGAGCUGACAGGCCCGAGGAAACACAAGGCAGCCUCCCUAUUACAUAUUCGAUCAAGACGUGGCGGGCGAGAAUGGAGGGUGCCCUCGGGCCGGACUAGCGCAGUGAGAGGGCCUCAAGGAGAUCACGGCCCUCCGCAAGGACCCCGCCGGGACACAUACCAUUUAUACAGCUGGGCUACAUUCAUUUAUUUAAGGCAAAAAAGGACCAAUGAAUGCUUUCAUAACAGAAGCCCUUUCAUGUUAUGCAGUUACUCAUACAUUCAGCCAGAUUACCCAUAUUGAAAAAAACCUUCUAAUCUUUAUACAAACAUACCCAUCAAAGUAUCCAUCACUUUCCUGUUUUUUUUUAUAAGAAUUUAAUGUUUAAUGAGAGUUUCAUGAGGUUUGAUAAGUGAAUGCAUGGGGAAACGAUCAAUGUACAACUAUAUUAUUUAUUGUGACUAUUACAGAUGUAAGCUCCUCACUUUCUUUGGAUUGAUCAGUGUUUUAUUCCUUGAGGUGCCCUUCAAAACCAACAAGAUUAGCAUUCAGUAAGGUACUAUUUAAUGUGAAUGCAAGUGGCAGCACCAGGAUCUUAGUAACUGUCAAAGAAAGAAAUAGAAGAGUGUACAGCAGGACACUUUUCUUCUUAUAACUGAACAGUGAAGGUGAAUUUCCUGUUUCUGGAAGAAAGAAAGGUACCAAGAUUGGUUCCAAUAAGUGUUACACUGGUAUAUGUAAAAUAAAAAAAAAAAUUAAAAUGCAAAAGGUACCACAAUGAGUUCCAUUUAACAAGGGUUAAUUUAAAGUGUUGUACUUAUUUUUAAAGUGUUGUAAAGCUGUGAACUUCUGUUAAGUCCUGGCAAUAAAAUGUUUUAAA